GGUCGGCGGUCGCGUUUCCAGUUAAACUCUUACCGAAAAGGCGGACGGACGGUCUCGAAAUCAAUCGUCGGGCUCCGCAGUUUCCACGCGAUUCAAUGCGAUUCGAUUCGGCUCCUGAAUUCCUGACAGCCUCCGCAGAAUUCAGAUAUUCCAAUAAUUCAAAACCAUUCAGAAGUCCAAAUAAAUAAAUACGAGUGGUAAAAAAUCAUUCACGUACAGAGCACAGAAUCCGAAAAGAAAAAAGUCGAAACCCCCAGAAAUCAAAAUAAAUAAAUAAGUGAAAAUAUAUUUUCAGGAAUUACUCGAAUGAAAAUACCCGCAUAAAAAAAUACGCAAAAAUUGAAUCUGUUUUUGUGCUACUUGAAAUCAAUGAAAAAUUCAAUGCUAUUAGUGUGUGCAAAACAAAAAUAAAUACCGUGUGUGAAUGGAAAAGUGCUCGAGAGUAAAUAGGCCGAAAGUCGAAACAAAGAAUAUAUCUUGGACAAACUGGUGCAGUAUUUGCUUCUCGGAUAUUUUCCAACGCCAGUGCUAUUUUUAAAGUAAUUUGUGCGACACUUGCCACCUGUUCGACGACUUUUGGAAGACACACAGUUUAUGCAAACGACUCCGAGAAGAAAGCGGAUCUGAUUCACAGACGAAAGUGAGAGUGCGGCAGUCGUUGACCCAUUAUUGAACGAUUGAACGUUUUGAACGAGAAACGCGCUGAAGACGUCCGCUGAGCUGUGAGACGGAGAAGGAGACGGGUAGAGAGGCGGCGAAAGAGACAGCAGAUAGCCCUGGCGACAAUCACAGAGUCCACGAAAACGACUGCUGAGAUUUAUUAAGAGAGAUACCCGCGUACAAGGCAUAAAAGUCAAUGACCACAUCAACUGGCGACCGCAGGCAGCGAUUUUAUUAAGCAUACGCCCCCACAUAAAUUAGUAAUCAAGCCACGCGGCCCCCGGCGCAACUAAUAAGAGGGCUUUAUUUUUAUUGAAAUUAUGAUUAAUGAUGUGGGCUGCGUACGCCGUCGCGGUGCGGUGGCGUAUACGCAAUGAUGCUGAGGCCCGAAGAGGUGACAAUGCUGGGCAGCAGGUCGGCACUGGGUUGCUCAUCCGCCGCGUUAGCCCGCUCCCGGGCCCACCACCAUUGAAAGACUGCCGAUGGCCGUGUCUGGACAGGAUUGGCGGCGCCAUCAGAGCCACCGCCCGCAGAGGAGCCACAGGAACCACCCGAACCACCACCAGAAACUGAUCUCCACCGCCACGCUGACGCUGUUCGUGCUCUUCCUGAGCAGCUGGAUAGCCUAUGCGGCGGGCAAGGCCACCGUUCCCGCUCCCGCUCCGCUCGUGGAAGGCGAGACGGAGUCGUCCUUGUCGUCCUCGUCCCCGUCCCUGCAGGACUUCAACAGCAGCAGCGCCUUCCUGGGGGCCAUAGCCUCCGCCUCUGCCUCGGCAUCUGGAUCCUUCGGGCUCUCCUCGAUGAACAGCAGUCCCAUUGCCAUAGUCUCCUACCAGGGAAUCACGAGCACGAAUCUGGGGGACAGCAACACCACCUUGGUGCCCCUUUCAGAUACUCCCUUGCUGAUAGAGGAGUUCGCCGCCGGGGAGUUCGUGCUGCCUCCCCUGACAUCCAUUUUCGUGAGCAUUGUGCUGCUGAUCGUGAUCCUGGGCACCGUGGUGGGCAAUGUCCUGGUCUGCAUAGCCGUCUGCAUGGUGAGGAAGCUGCGGAGGCCCUGCAACUACCUGCUGGUGUCCCUGGCCCUCUCCGAUCUCUGCGUGGCCCUGCUGGUGAUGCCCAUGGCCCUGCUCUAUGAGGUGCUGGAGAAGUGGAACUUUGGGCCGCUGCUCUGCGACAUCUGGGUGUCCUUCGACGUGCUCUGCUGCACUGCGUCGAUCCUGAACCUGUGUGCCAUCUCCGUGGACCGAUACCUGGCCAUCACGAAGCCCCUGGAGUACGGGGUCAAGCGGACCCCGCGGCGAAUGAUGCUGUGCGUGGGGAUCGUGUGGCUGGCCGCCGCCUGCAUCUCACUGCCCCCGCUGCUGAUCCUGGGCAACGAGCACGAGGACGAGGAGGGCCAGCCCAUCUGCACGGUGUGCCAGAACUUCGCAUAUCAGAUCUACGCCACCCUGGGCUCCUUCUACAUCCCGCUCUCGGUGAUGCUCUUCGUCUACUACCAGAUCUUCAGGGCGGCGAGGCGGAUUGUGCUGGAGGAGAAGCGGGCCCAGACGCACCUGCAGCAGGCCCUCAACGGCACAGGCUCGCUCGCCCCGCAGGCGCCCACUCUGGGCCACACGGAGUUGGCCAGCUCAGGCAAUGGCCAGCGGCACAGCAGCGUGGGAAACACCUCGCUGACCUACUCCACCUGCGGGGGCCUGAGCAGCGGCGGAGGAGCCCUCGCAGGACAUGGCAGUGGUGGCGGGGUGAGCGGCUCCACCGGACUGCUGGGCUCGCCGCACCACAAGAAGCUGCGGUUUCAGCUGGCCAAGGAGAAGAAGGCCUCCACCACCCUGGAUAUCAUGUCCGCCUUCACCGUCUGCUGGCUGCCCUUCUUCAUCCUGGCUAUUCGUCCCUUCGAGACGAUGCACGUGCCCGCGUCGCUCUCGUCCCUGUUCCUCUGGCUGGGCUACGCCAACUCCCUGCUGAACCCCAUCAUCUACGCCACCCUGAACCGGGACUUCCGCAAGCCCUUCCAGGAGAUCCUCUACUUCCGCUGCUCCAGCCUGAACACCAUGAUGCGGGAGAACUACUACCAGGACCAGUACGGCGAGCCCCCCUCGCAGCGGGUGAUGCUGGGCGACGAGCGGCACGGGGCCAGGGAGAGCUUUCUCUAGGGGACUUCCAGCAGGAUCACAGGCCAUCCCAUCUGAGCUGCUCGAGGGUUCUUCUCUAGGUUUCCGGAAGAAGGCGAUCCUCUGCUCGACACACUCACCCACUUAAUUAUACACACUGGGGUGCAGAAUCUAUAUAAACUAGGAAAUGUAAAGUUCUAGGGGUAAGGUAGUUUUUGGACAGUUUAAGUAGGUUAUCCUUGGGGUCUUAAAGAAGAGAUAGUUGAUUAUUGAAUUUUUCGAAAUGGUUCUGCCAUAAAGCAUAAUGUAUUGAUAUUUUAAAUAAUAUUAAAAUAUAUUAUU